CAAAUCACAACAUACGACAGCUUACAAAAGCAUUUUUCGAGUUUCCAUUCGAUUUAAAUAAAAGUUGGAAGCACUCUCAGGAUACCUUAAGAUGAAGUUCCUUUUCGUGGUCGCUCUUAUUGCUUUGGCCAUACAGGUGGCCUAUUCUGCCUCCAACACAACAACAACUACAACAGAUGCAACGACUACAACAACCACUGAUGCAACAACAACCACAACCGCCUCUUCCACCCACAAGAAGCGCUGUUGGAAGGGCAACAACUGGUGCCACACUCGCAUCCCCAAGAAGAAGUGCAAGCACCCAAAGAGGUGCCACAAGACCGUCGUUAUUGUGACCCAUAGGAAGAACUAAAUUUCAUAAGUAAAUUGCCAAAGGACAAGACUCUUAAUAAAUAUGUUAAAAUCUAUACAAAAAAU